CCAAAAUCCAAAUCGAAACCAAGCAGCACAAACAUGGAUUUCUCGGACUUUGAGGAGACAGAUGACAUAUUUUCUGGCGAUGAGCAGGACAUGGCACCGGAGCCUGGGCCUAGCGCGCCAUUCCGACGAUGCGACCAUCUACCGUGUGCUCAUCUGAUGGGCGGCGUGCUGCCUCCUUGGAUUGGUCAUGGAGGCAAGCUUGUCGGGGUUGUUGAUGUCGGGAGCAAUGGCAUCCGAUUCUCCAUUUCUGAGCUCUCCUCUGCACUUGCCCGCAUCCUCCCGACUGUUCUGGUCUAUCGAUCGUCCAUCUCGCUGUACGAUACCCAGUUCGACCCUCAAACCGGCAAGCGUAUUCCGAUUCCCGCCCAUAUCAUUGACUCUGUCUGCACCGUUCUGGGCCGCUUUGUCGUGAUAUGUGAAGAUAUUGGUGUCAAAAAGGAGGAUAUCCAUGUUGUGGCAACAGAAGCGACCCGUACUGCUUUGAACUCUUCUACUUUCAUCAAGGCCAUACACGAGAAGACAGGGCUAAGUCUGACACUCCUGCCCAAGGAAGAGGAAGGCCAGAUUGGAGCGCUUGGUAUUGCCAGCGGAUUCUCGAACAUGGCUGGGCUAGUCAUGGAUUUGGGAGGAGGCAGCACCCAGAUAUCAUGGAUGAUCAGCCAGGGAGGCGAAAUCAGGACAAGCCCACAUGGAAGCUUCAGUUUCCCCUACGGAGCGGCUGCCUUGACGAAGAAACUACACGAUGUCCAGCACGGCAAGAAAAAAGAGGACAAGGAAAUAGCUGUGAAGCAGUUCCGGACGGAGAUGAUUAAGAAUUUCAGGGAUGCAUAUCAUCGCCUGCAGGUCCCAAGAGAAUUGGUCGAGACAGCCCAGAGAGAAGGUGGGUUCCAGAUCUAUCUUUCUGGAGGUGGAUUCCGGGGCUGGGGCUAUUUGCUGCUUUACCUGAAUCAGUCGGGAGAGGAGCAAUACCCUAUCUCCAUCAUCAACGGGUAUACUGCCGGACGUAAACAAUUCGAGGAUACCGACACCAUCGAAAAGAUUGCCAAGGCUGCCAAAGACGUCUUUCGAAUCUCGGAUCGCCGGCGCUCUCAGGUUCCCGCCGUGGCUUUUCUCGUCAACGUGCUCGCCGAAGCUAUUCCCAACGGCAUCAAGGAAGCACACUUCUGCCAAGGCGGUGUGCGUGAGGGAUACCUCUUCAAGCAACUUCCGAUUGCAGUUCGACAGCAGUCUCCGUUAGAAGUAGCCACGAGCUUCUUUGCGCCAGACUCGCGGGUCGCACUUCAAGCAUUGCUCAAGACUGCCAUCCCGGCCCCAUCGGCGACGAAGCGCUUCCCAGAAGCGUUCGGUCUUAAUGUUAUUGAAUCGUUUGCGAAUGCAAUGUAUGUGCACAUGUUCAUGUCGAAGGAAACAGCGUCCACGACAGCAUUGUAUUCGACAAGCGUCGGCCUGAUGUCUACCAUCCACGGCGUAUCACAUCGAGAUCGAGCCCGGCUUGCAUUGAUGUUGGAGUCACGAUAUCAGGGAGAACUGCCACCUCGCGAGCUUGCGUUCCGUGAGUUGUUGCGAAAGCUCAUCACCCCAGAGGAAGUCUGGUGGGCUUCUUAUCUCGGCAGAGUUGGUUACUUGGUGACCAGGCUCUAUCCUGGCGGAAAGAUCCACAAGGCAUAUCCCAGGGUGGUAUUUUCAUCCCAGUGGUCGUGGAGUCUUGGCAAGGAUAAGGACAAGGAGGGUUUGCUGCUUACAAUCUCCCUGCAAAGAACCAAGGAAGACAAGGCCAAGAUCAAGGACACCCUCCAUGGGCUAGUUAGAGCAGUUGAGAAGGUGGGCAAGAAGAAGAACUGGAUUGAAAUGCCAAAGGAAGAUCCCUGGGGGUUAAAAGUAAAGGUUGAGAUUGUUGAGGAAGGAAUUCUGGAAGAUGUGGAGAUAGUUUAG